UCAAACCGGGACCCUUCUGAGGUGAAGGUGAUGGCUCUAACCACUGCGCCCCGUGCUGGGCCUGUUGGAGCUUAUUUACCGGCGUGUGUGUUUGCACACCUGGACUGUGGGCGGAGCCAAACUGCGUUCAGCUUCUGUUCCUGUUGAAAAGCCGUGAAAACGCACUUUCCCCAAAACAACGCGCGUCUCCCAGAGCAGCACAGAAUGUCGUCACGCCAACGGGAGCUCGGUUCUGGAUGGAGACACAAGACUCGCGUUCGGACGCUCAGCGCUCACGGUCCGACGGUAGAGCUGACGGCGUCGCCUCCUUACCGCGCCUUUCACCACAGCUCAGCCGAGUACACACGCGAGCCACAGGGGAAGAUGGACAGGUGGUGGACGGGCCCAUCCCUCGUCCCGAUCUCCGUUGGACUGCUACUUGCGACGGCCGGCGCCGCGGCCAACCACACGGAACAGACGCAGCUGCACCAAGAUGUGACCAGGAACAAGAUCAUCACGGCCCAGUUCGAGUGCUACCAGAAGAUCAUGAAGAACGCCGGGCGUGGUCGAGAAGGGACUAUGUGCAACAGCACGUGGGACGGCUGGCUGUGCUGGGACGACGAGAAGGCGGGUUCCACCUCGCACCAGCCGUGUCCCGAUUACUACAAUGACUUCGACACGUCAGAGAUGGCGACGAAGAUCUGCACCGAGAGCGGACACUGGUUCCUCCACCCGGAGAGCAACAGGACCUGGAGCAACUACACGAGGUGCAAUAAGCACACGAUCGAGAGCAAGAUGACGGCGUUGAACCUUCUGUACCUGGCGCUCAUUGGUCACGGCCUAUCGCUGGCGUCGCUCUUCAUUUCGCUCGGGAUUUUUUUCCAUUUCAAGAGUUUGAGCUGCCAGAGGAUCACCCUCCACAAGAACCUGUUCUUCUCGUUCAUGCUCAACUCGGUCAUCACCAUCAUCUGGCUCACAGCGGUGGCCAACAACCAGGAGCUCGUUCAGCAGAACCUCACCAGCUGCAAGGUGUCCAUGUUCCUCCACCUCUACCUGAUGGGCUGCAACUACUUCUGGAUGCUCUGUGAGGGGAUCUACCUGCACACGCUCAUCGUGGUGGCCGUGUUUGCCGAGAAGCAGCACCUCAUGUGGUAUUACCUCCUCGGAUGGGGGUUCCCGCUCAUCCCGGCGCUGAUCCACGCCGUCGCCCGCAGUUACUACUACAACGACAAUUGUUGGAUCAGUUCGAACACAUCUCUGCUCUACAUCAUCCACGGCCCCAUUUGCGCUGCUCUGCUGGUGAACCUGUUCUUCCUGCUCAACAUCGUGCGAGUUCUCAUCACCAAGCUGAAGGUGACGCACCAGACCGAGUCGAGCCUCUACAUGAAGGCCGUGCGCGCCACCCUCAUCCUCGUCCCGCUCCUGGGCAUCCAGCACGUCCUGCUUCCGUACAAACCCCAGGAACGGCAGGCGGCCGAAAUCUACGACUACGUCAUGAACAUCAGCAUCCAUUUCCAGGGGCUGCUGGUGGCCACAAUCUUCUGCUUUUUCAAUGGAGAGGUGCAAGGGGUCCUCAAGAGGCACUGGAACCAGCACCGUAUCCAGUUUGGCAGCACGUUGUCCCACCCGGACAUCCUGAGGUCUGCUUCCUACACCAUCUCCACCAUCAGCGAGGUGCACGGUUGCUACAGCUUCGACGGGCACACGGAGCACUUGAACGGAAAGGGUUGUUAUGACACCAAGACCGCCAUCUACCGGUCGGAGAACCCGUUCGCCUGAGGCGGCGCCGCCGCUGAACACCAGAGACAGCCAGCGGCCACCUUCAGCCCACCCACCUGGACGUCCCUGCUGCACCGCGGACCUGCGCCCUCGUACCCCCAAUGGUGAACACCCCGUAGCUCACGAAUCGGGCCCUGCUGGGACCUUCAUUCUUUCUGUGAGUUACAGUCCAGCGUCUCGCAGCUCGAAAAUCCACCGUUAAGCUGAGGCUGCGGAGAAGGACCAGGACCCCCUGGCGACCCCCUUGAGAAAGCUCAUGUAGAGAGCUGAUGACGAUUCUUGCUCAUUAGUGGCAUUAUCAGCGCGCUGGUGCCGUGUGCAAGAUCACCAGCUGCUCCUCAGACCCUGGCGAUCUCGAACCUCCUCGAACCCACCGUGAGCAGAAGGAGGAACGUGCACAGCACCGUGGAGGUACAUGGGCAGCACUGGAGAAACACUCCACGGCUCCUCCAUGGCUCCUCAUGGUCUCCAUCGGGCAUCGCGCUCAGCUACACGUUACUGUGUCUUUCAUUCUUGCUGCUCUGCCCCGGUUGUAGCUUUCGUGUUCUGGACAGACCCGUGUCGGGCCACGCACGGGUCGCUCACGUGACACGAUGUCAUCCUGUUCAGUAAUGACUGAUUGUGAGGAAAGAUCUCGAGGGACCGGACCUUCCCAGUAAUUUUUCUAAGUUGGCCUUGGUUUCGGUGGCACGUUCCGUUCAGCAGACGCUCUCAGAAGACACGGGAUGGUGCGGAGGAGACGUGGAGCUCCAGGCCGCACCUCCCUCUAACAUGCUACAAGCUCCCGUGACGUGCGAAGGAAACACGUGCCGCGGGUUCGCCGCAUCGCGCCCUUGGACUCGUAGCUUCUUCCUCGCACGGGGCUCUCGGCUCAGAGCUCCGUCUCGCCGCCCCGUCUGUCGGGAUGGUCUCCGCACCUCCGGCGAGUCGCUCGUCACCACGGAACUGGGACUUUUGAGAAAGCGAGGGGGGACCUGUACCGUUCUUCAUCUUGAUCGGACACACGGUGCGUGGCUUUGCCCUAAACCUGGACAUCUCCGUACCAUGGUAUUCGAGCAGCCUGCGCUUCACUCCACUUCAAUAGUUUGAGCUUCUGCGAAAAGCAAAGUCGUCCUCUUGGGCGGUCGAUCUCGCCCUUCCCUGCAUCACUUUCUCUGGGCCCGUUUGCUGAUGACUGAGCGGUUUACACUGGACACAAGUGAACUGGCGUCACUCCUCGUUGGCUCUUCCCAUUGUUCUGUUUGCGCUCUGAUGCGCACCAUUUAGCUGCUUGUACAGAAGUUGUACUUUCUUACUGAUGGCUACAAUGAAAAGGUACUGCUGCUGUAAACUCGACCGCAGCACAACCGCGUGCGACUCCAAAGCCGCAGUCCCCGCUCUCCGGUGCUCAGUAUCAGCAAACAGCCCCAUGUCCUGCAUUCUCAGACACACUUUUACUCACGUUUUCACAACUAGGAAGUCGGGCUGCGUCUUGCAGUCCGUGGUGUCUUAGAAUCGAGUCACUACGGUAUCAGUGCGGUAAAGCUGUCGCACGUACGUUCACUGAGCGCUCUGUCAAACGGCAUUUCAUAGCACAUAGUAGCAGCAGCUUGCUGCAGAGCACCGUUAGAGCGUCAGGCGACUCUCUUCUCUGUUUCUCCUCGAUUCCUGUUCGGACCACUGUGACGCAGCACAUGUCAUUUUCCAUUCUGGUCGCGUCACUUAAUCCCCUGGACCGUACUGCACCGUACUAGACCGUACUGCACCGUACUGCACCGUGCUGGACCGUACUGCACCGUACUGCACCGUCCUGGACCGUACUGGACCGUACUGCACCGUACUGCACUGUGCUGGACCGUACUGGACCGCACUGCACUGUGCUGGACCGCACUGCACCGUACUGCACCGUACUGCACCGUGCUGGACCGUACUGGACCGCACUGCACCGUACUGGACCGUGCUGGACCGUACCGGACCGUACUGCACCGUACUGCUCACCUUAGUUUAUUUUUGAAAGUCCAAAUGCUGGAGAGAAGCCUGCUCACAUUCAGACGUUGUAAAUCUUGUAAAUAUGUUUGUACAUGAAUGACUUGAAAGGCCGUGCGUGUGUGUGUGUGUGCGUGUGUGAAUUAGUACUGUAGCCGAGUGGUGUGUGUGCCUGUGUGUACCGAUGAAGUCGAAUGGAGAGCGAGCCAAUGCUAUUUAUGAUGCCCGGGCCAUAAAUACGAUGAACGGAACCACCGUGGACGCACGCACCACACUGUUGGGAGAAGAGGGGUGGAGCUCUGGCAGGAAGGGGCCACGCCUCCGCAUAUUGAUGCCAACACGGAACGUACCACGGUGCAGAUUUUUGGCUCCGACCCUCAGCUCUGUUUGUUCUUGGGGGCGAAGCCAUGAAAUCCAACACAGAUGGUCUAAACGAUCCGGUCCUGUCUGUUGCCGCAGCUGAUUUUGGGGGAUCAACUGUUUACUCUUGGAAGUAUCUAAACACUGUAUUUCUAGAAGACUCACUGAGCUAUAUUUUCAAAUAUGUGUAAACGCUCUGCAUUGGAGCCGCUCCACGUACGCGAUGUACCGGGGCACCGUCCAGGGCACCGCAACGGCACCGUGCGUAACGCAGACUGCGUGGAAGGGCGUUGCUGACGGCCGCUGUCCCGUCGUGCUUUGUUCUCCGUCUGGCCGGUGGAGUGUUUCCUGAGGACGGCGACCGUGCGCCUUGACCGCUGUACUGCAGCUCGCUCUCGAACCCAGACCGCUCCUGGGCCCUUCUCUGCUGUAUGAAUGUAACUCCUGUAUUUUCAGCAAAUGUGUUUCCUUUUUCUCACUGAAUGUGGGUGACUUUAAUGAUGUGCGCACUCACAUGUGCGUUCUGUGUACAUUAUCAUGCCUUUAUAAAGCAUUAUC